UAGAAGCGAAACAAAAUGACGGCCGCUACCUGUCACGUGGCCUUCAAGUGUCAUCGAUGGGGGUGUUCCUGGUGACGUCCUCCUUCCCUCCCCGCUUCUUAUCUAUGCAGCCGGGGGAGUUCUUCGCGCAGGACAGAACCUGCCGAAGGUGUAGUCAUGGCCGGGGUGCUCUCCUACGAGAGCUUAGUCCAUGCCGUGUCUGGGGCUGUGGGUAGCGUGACAGCAAUGACUGUGUUUUUCCCUCUGGAUACAGCUAGACUAAGACUUCAAGUUGAUGAAAAACGCAAAUCUAAAACAACGCACACUGUUCUGUUGGAGAUAAUAAAAGAAGAAGGGCUCCUGGCACCGUAUCGAGGGUGGUUCCCUGUCAUCUCCAGCCUUUGUUGUUCCAACUUUGUAUAUUUUUAUACGUUUAACAGUCUCAAAGCUAUGUGGGUCAAAGGUCAUCAUUCAACCACAGGAAAAGACUUGAUUCUUGGUAUCGUUGCAGGAAUAGUGAACGUAUUGUUGACUACUCCGCUCUGGGUAGUGAACACCCGCCUGAAACUCCAAGGGGCAAAAUUUAGGAAUGAAGACAUCAUACCAACCAACUACAAAGGCAUUGUCGAUGCCUUUCAUCAGAUAAUAAGAGAAGAAGGAAUCUUGGCUUUGUGGAAUGGUACUUUUCCUUCUUUGUUGCUGGUGUUCAAUCCUGCCAUACAAUUCAUGUUCUAUGAAGGACUUAAGCGAAAGAUUUUGAAGAGGCAAGUGCAGUUGCAGCUUUCUUCACUGGAUGCAUUUGUCAUUGGAGCAAUAGCCAAAGCAAUUGCCACUACACUCACUUACCCCAUGCAGACAGUGCAGUCAAUUUUGCGGUUUGGACGUCAUCAACUGAACCCAGAAAACAGGACACUAGGCAGUCUUAAAAAUGUUCUCUACCUUCUUCGACAGAGAAUAAAGCGCUUCGGAUUAGCAGGACUUUAUAAAGGGCUUGAAGCAAAACUGCUGCAAACAGUUCUCACAGCUGCACUAAUGUUCCUUGUCUAUGAAAAACUUACUGCUGCUACUUUCACAGUAAUGGGAUUAAAGCAUUCAUUGAAACACUGAAGUAUUGCCCUCUACAGCACAUUAAACUUAGAUUCUGGGGAAUCAUAAAUGCAGUAUCUGGGGAAUGACUGGGGUGCUACAGAAGGCUUUCCCUUCAAAGGCUACAGUUCUUCAUUAUGUUCUUAUUGAAUGCUUCAUAAUGUGUCUGUCUGGAAAGAAGCCUGAAGUGUAAUCUGAAAGGAUUUGCUGCCAUUCAGUGUAAAUGGGUUGGUCCUUCUUAUCUUUUGGAAUAUUUUGCUUUUUGAAGCAAAAUGAAAGGGAAUAUUUGAGAAUUAGAUGAAGUUCACAAACUGCUUGGGUGGGAUUCCGUUUCUUUUUACUGGAAAUGAGGGUGUCCGUGCUAUAUUUAAUUUUUCUUUUAAAGUACUCUCCAUUCUUUCUCCAUUUGCUGUCGAACUGUUUCAGGGCUGUGAUAUUGUAUAAUCUCCUUGAAAAUUGGAUAAUUAAAAGACAUCAUAGAUAAUCAUG